UUUUUCGAUUGGCAUAGUGCCGAGUAGCCAAAUAUCCCCUGCCGCAUUAGACCUCGAACGCUCACUUGAAGGGGACCGCACGUUUUCAGCCAUAGUACGAAAUAGGCCUAAGAAGUUUAAGCAGGAGCACCUUCAAUUUGCAGCACAUUAUACAUCUGGGGUUGCUUCAGACACAAAAUUGUACCACUCGAGCUUUGUUACCUAUAGAGGAGACAGUUCUACAACUACGGCUUUAAAAGGUAGGCACAGCACCCGUGCCAAGGUUGUUGUAGACAAGAUGAUGAACUACAAUCCCAGCGAUGCUUGGCCGCUUCCUAUUUUGGCACAGUUCAUAGAAGUUCGGGAGAAACGAGGCUUUCAUCAAAUAUACCCGAACGGGUUCAUAAGAGCUUCUGACUACGAAAUAACUCUUCCAGAAAUUUACUACAACGGCUGGACAGCUCGUCUUUUCAUGCGCAGGUCAAAAGAACUACCGGAUGUUGCCAUCGAGAUAACAUAUAGCUCGUCGUACUACUGCAAGACUCUAAUUAAGGAAGGUGAAACCUCUAUACAAACCAGUCAAAGGGGUUAUGAUCAGCCUAAGGAUGAAGCAUUGGGCCAAGAAGCAAAGGCAGGAGACAUUUAUUCAAUGGGUAUUCGAUUAAUGGACGACCUUUACUUGAUGAGUGUAGCAAACGAAGCGGUUAGCGCCUGGCAGAGUAUGAAAAGUGCCCUAAAAGGCUAUACAUAUCUACUCAAAAUUCGGUCAAAACAAGAUGUUAUAUUAUCAAUGCAUAUGAGUGAAGAAGCAGAAAACAAUUACCUAAGGCUGCCACAGUAUUUCGACCUACCUGGCACUAAACAUCCUCCUGGCUCCAGCAUAGUUGCCCUCCUCGAGUGCACAGAUCCGGCGGCCGACACAACAUUCUCUCUCGACACUGAUGGCCAGGCUUCCGACGGCUUAGUAUCUGCCAAAUACGGAAAAGUUCCUGGCCUUAUGAAGGAUGAGACAUUUUUCGUGUAUGUCCGGAACUUGCCGGAUCGCUACAUGGUGGCCGCAAGUUUCCGCUCCGAGCCUUUCACCAUAGCCCAUAGAUCGGCAAAGGACUAUAUACAUUUUUAUCGCUCAGAGAACUGCGAUACUCUAUCCUUGACCCAGUACAUUGUACUAGGCAGGCAGAGUUAGCGUCACCUACCAAAUGGAAUACAAGUAAACGCUAAACUUAAUUGAAUCUUUACGCUUCCGGACUCUCAGCAAUAAACAUGUAUGAAAGACAA